AUGGGGAGAGGAAGGGUGGAGAUGAAGCGGAUUGAGAACAAGAUUAACAGGCAAGUGACCUUCGCUAAGCGCCGGACUGGCCUCCUGAAGAAGGCCUACGAACUUUCCGUCCUCUGCGAUGUCGAGGUUGCACUUAUUAUCUUCUCCAACCGUGGCAAACUCUACGAGUUUUGCAGUAGCCGAAGCCUGCUCCGCACCAGGAUGACUCGCAAACCACAGCCAGCGGCAACCAUCUCCCGCCCAGGAAGCCCGGCUACAUCCAGUCCACGUCUUAGAGCCCUAGCCAGGCCGUUCCCCAGCAUGAAGGCCCCACCCCCUCACCCGCCAUGGAUGCGACCGGCGACCGCUCGCUCCCCUGCAUGCCUCCGCUGUGCCGACGGCCAGGAUUGA